CUCAAGUGGAUUUAGUUUCCUAGCGACAGGUAAUAAUUCCCACCCCUUCCCAGGGCAUUUUAAUAUCCACAGGGAAGAGGCUGUCCAGGUGAACAACAACCUGCUCUUAACCCACCUGGAUGAAAAGCUAAUUCAAAAGAGAAAUCCUUUGCUUCAAGCCACAGCUACACUGAAUUUAACCACUGCUGUCUUUGAGCUGGUGUGAGUGAAUGAAGACAGGAUGGCCAGUUCAGCACUGGAGAUAGUGGCUCUUUUAUUGUCCCUGAUUGGACUGAUUGGGGCAGCAGCAUGCACCGGAAUGCCAAUGUGGCGAGUCACAGCUUUCAUCGGAGAGAAUAUCAUUGUUAUGGAGACUCGCUAUGAGGGCUUGUGGAUGAACUGCUUCCGUCAGGCCAACAUCCGGAUGCAGUGUAAAGUCUACGAUUCUCUCCUGGCUCUGUCGCCUGAUUUGCAGGCAGCAAGAGGGUUGAUGUGCUCAGCCGUGGCACUUGGAGGCAUCGGUGUGCUCAUCAGUUUGAUAGGGAUGCAGUGCACAGCAUGCAUUGUAAACAAUGAUCGGGCGAAGCGACUGGUUCUCAUCAUUGCAGGAUGCUUGAUUUUAAUGGCCUGUCUCUGCGUCCUUAUUCCUGUGUCCUGGACAGGUCAUGUCAUCAUCAGGGACUUUUACAACCCCUUACUGAUCGAUGCCCAACGCAGGGAGCUUGGCGAAGCUCUCUACAUCGGCUGGGUGACUUCUGCUUUCUUGUUUGCUGGAGGAUGCAUAUUUAUCUGUUGCAAUAUGCAAUCUGAAGACGAAAGACCAGAGAAAUACAUGUACUCCAAGAACUCAAGCUACAGUGCCUAUACCCCACAGCCCCUACAGCCUAUGCAGCCUCUACAGCCUCAACAGCUGGUACUAAUUCCUCGACCAGAACCUCAGCAAUACCUUUCAAGACAGCCAUCCAUUGUCUACAGCUAUCCCUCCAGAC